AUGUCUGAACCAACACGACUGAAAAAGUUAGCCGCAGGAAAGAGACUCCUGGAAGAAUACCAGCGGAGGAAUGGUCCUGCCGGAUCUGCAGAACCCAAGAGAAAGAAGAAGACUAAAAAAGGAGGUAACCCCAAGACAAAUGCCGCCGGGGACGGUCAUUCAGCUGAGGGUGUGGCCAAAGACCACGCAGGCCUUGAGCCUCCCCCGCUUCUGGGCACAGUUAGAGCUGCCCUGGUCAAGAGUGACCCAGGUCCCUCCACCACCGAGGACCUCGAAAGGUGCUACCAACACCUGGUGCUUGCCCUCGAUGCCAGCAGAAUACAAAACGAGAAGCUCUGCAGAGAGAUCGACCUACUGAAGCAGGAGAAUAAGGAGCUGCAGGAGCGGCAGGAGGAGACCGCCUGUAUGCACGAGGCACUGGGAGCAGAGCGGGAGCAGUACAAUCUAUCAGUGCAGAUGGUGGCUUCAGAAAAAUCCAGUUUACAAUCUGCCCUGGCCCACAUGUGGCAGGUGGCUGAUCGAAGAGCCCUGGAGCAGGACCACCUCAUCAGCCGCCUGCAGGCUGUAGCGCAGCGCAUGAGGGAGCUGGAGAUGAAGCUGUCUGCGAUCUCCACCACGGAGACUGACACCGAGCUCCACAACCUUGAGCUCAUGAAAGCCCUGAACCGCGUGACACUGCAGCUCCAGCAGAAGAGCAGAAGCUGUGAAGAACUGGAAUAUGAGAACAUUGAGCUGCGGGACAGGCUGGGCGCGCUCCUGACGCAGAAGGGCAACAUGGAUAUACAAAUGCACAUGUGUCAGCAGGUGCUGGUGGAGCACGCAGAGUUGGAAAGACAACUCCAGAGCAUGAGAGAGCUGGCCACCACCUUCAAGCUGGAGAGAGACUCUCUGGAGGAAGAACUGAUGGUGGAGAGGUGUACAGGGAAGGAGAAGGCCUGGCAGCUCUUAGAGGAGGUGGGCAGGCUGAGAGAGGAGAAAGAGCAAGGGGCCAGGCAGGUGUUGGAACUGGAGGGUGAGCUGGUGGAGCUGAGAGUACAGCUGGCAGAGCUGCAGCGCCCUGUGGGACCAUCUCAGGCUGAGCAGUGGCUGCAGGCUCAUGCCCUGCAGUUGCAGAAGGAGCUCGAGACCCUGGAGGAGCACCUUCACCUCCAGGUGGAGGAGAACCAGAGCCUCCAUCUCCAGAGCCUGGAGCAGCAGCAGCGGCUAUGGCUACUGGAGAAGAAGGUGGAGGAAUGGGAACAGCAUGCCUCGGACCGGUGCAAGAUCCUGGAGACGAUGGAGAAGGAGCAGGAGAGCAAGAGACGCAUGGUAGUGUGCAACCGCGAGCUGAAAGAGCAGCUGGCCCAGCUGCAGGACGGCUCGAAGAGGCUGAGCAAUGAGAAGGACUCGCUCGCCUGCCUCCUGCACGCUGAGCAGCAGGAGAAGAAACAUCUUCAGGAGAAGCUGGAGCAUCAGGAGGAGACGUUCAAAGAAUGGAAGGAGAUGGCUGAAUCCAAGCGCCAAGAGCAGCUGAGCACGGAGAAGGAGGCCCUGCAGCAGCACCUAAGGAGGCAGUCCCAGCUUCUGGAGCAGCUGCAGCAGAAGCAGGUGCAGAGCACAUUGGAGGACCGGAUGGUGCCUCCAAAGUUCCAGGACACACUGACGUGCCUGGAAGCCAUGAGGCAGGAGAAUGCGCAGCUGCGGUCCCAGCUGAGGCUCCUGACUCUCCCUAGAGAAGGCGAAGGAGAGAGCAGAGGGGAUGACAAGGGGGAGGAGGCGGCUCCCCCUGCUGUGACCGUCCCAGAGGACGUGGACAACCCACAUACCAUGUGGGAUUUUUACUGUGCAGCACUAUCUAUCGCUGAAUCUAAGAAGGCGCAGCUCAGCCGUGAGCUGCAGGAGCAGCAGGCCCGCUGUGAGGGCCUGGCCCACCUGGCAGCACAGUGCCAGACAGAGCUGGAGCGCCAGGCCCUCUACCCCAAGACCUGGCACCACAGCGCACCUGGGGAGGGAGAGCAGGACAGCCAGAGUCCCACAAAGCGGCUGAAGAUCUGCUUCACCUACGACCUGCCUGGCCAGGUGGACCAGCAGAGUCCAGUGGAUGACCUCCCCCGUCGCUGCAGCCUGCUGUCAGAAUGCAUCAGUGCCAUGGAGCAGGAGAUGGCAUCCUGUGAAGAGCAGAUGGGCGUCCUGGAUGAGCUGCAGCGUGAGAAAGAAGAGUGUGUCCGCCGGCUGAUGCAGGAGAAGAUGGAGAAGAAGAAGGAGCUGCAGGAACUGCUACUGUGCCUGACAGGGCAAGGCAGAGAGGGCCGGGACUCGAUGCGGGCCGCUGACCUUACCCCUGCUGCAGAGGCCCCAGCAGACCUGGCGGGGCCCUUGCAAGGGGAAGUUGGGGAGGAGCAGGAGCACGGGUCUAAGGCGCAACUUGAAGACAACACGGAGCCUGCCCCAGGAGAAGCCUGGGUGUCUUGCCCCCAACACAGCCCCACCGCAGAGCAGGUGGUGUUGCUGCAGCCUGGCAUCCAGCAGCACCAAGAACAUGCAGGCCCGGACAACCAGGCCUCCUUCCCUUUCAUCUAUAGACUGACGCAAAUGAUUGGUUUGAGGUAG